CUAUAGCUGGCACUCUUCCGUUGCCUUGCUUUUCUCAUCGAACCAUCCAUUUCUCCAAAAACCCUAAAAGCCCCAAAAGAGCUCUCUGCAACUGCAAUGGUGCAAUGCGAGGCGUAGCAAGGUGAGUAGUAGUAGUGUGGUUGUUUAAGGUUUUUUGCUUCUGUGAAAUCAUCUAUGGAACCCCAACCUAGUUCAAAAAGAUUUGAUCCUUUGAGCAAUCUUCCAGAUUCCAUAUUUCAACAAAUUAUUUCUCGACUUGACAUCAGUGACAUUUCACGGCUUUCCACUUUGUCUAAGAGAUGUAGAAAACUUUGCUUGUCUCUGCCAUCUCUGACCAUUUCUUUCAAUAAUUCCGACUAUGAUUUUUACCCAUUUAGCCAAUUUUUUUACCGGUUUCUGUCGAUGCACAAUGGGGUUUCCUUGCAGCGACUUGAAUUGAAUAUUUCUUGUGAUAAUCUUUCUAUUUCUAGUGAUGAAAUUGCGUUUUGCAUUGGUACUUGGAUUCUUCAGGCCACUAAGUGUAAUGUUGUCAAAAUUCAUUUGGAGAUUGACACUAUUGAAUCCUUUACUCUGCCUAGUUGUUUCGUGAAUUGUGCAUCUUUGAGAAAUUUGGUGUUGAUUUUGGAUAAUGCUACUCUGAAGUUGCCAACCACUUCAUAUUGGCCUCUUGAGACUUUGAUCCUGUCUCAACUUAAGAUUUCGAAUAAGUUGCUUGGUGAAUGGAUUUUGAGGUGUGAGUCACUUAAGAAGCUAGUACUUUUUGCUGUUUCUGGUAUUGUUAGGAUCAAUAUUAGUUCAUCAUCGCUUGAAUACCUAAGGAUUGAGGAUAUAACUGCCACUAAGUACUUAGAUAUCAAAAUCUCGACAGAGAGACUUGAAUGUCUCUAUAUAUUAUGGCAGGUUGGUAAGUCUGCUAAACACUCGCUUAGAUUAAAUGCUCCGAAACUUCAAAAGUUUACCUGGAAGGGAUGCGUUUCUUAUUACUCUUAUGAAGGAGAUUUUGAGUCUCUGCGGUAUGCUGAUAUUGUAAUAAUUCCUACCCCUUCUCAGAACAAGGCCGUUGCUAAUGUAACCAUGGCUAAAGUUCUUGAAACAGUACACCGGGUUUCAUGGUUACGUGUAGAUAUGUUUUUCAUUGAGGUAGUAGAGUUGAUGGAAGAGUUUCACAGCUUGGGUGCAUUGACUCUGUUAUUGGAUGAUUUGGCUGGCAAAGUUCCAACUUUAGCUUCCUUUCUUAAGUUGACGCCACAUUUGAAUUCGCUGAAAAUAAGUACCAGUUAUUCAAGUGAUGAGAACAAAUCUAGUUAUGAUGCUGAGUAUUGGGAAGCUCAAAAUCUGAAGUUCGUUAAAUCAUUGAAGGAAGUCGAAAUGGAAAUUCAUGGAAAGCAUAAUGAAAUAGAGCUGAUCAAGUACUUGCUCAAACAUGCAAAAGAAUUGGAGAAUAUGACUGUUCUUUAUUCAUCUAAGGUAUUUCCAAGACAUGUUGCCAUUAGUAGAAAGCUUCAACAAUUCAGAAAAGCCUCUUCCUCUGCUUCUAUAUAUUUCCUCCCAAAUGAAUAGUAACAUGGUUUUUAGUCUCUGACUUUUAAGAACAUGGUAAAAUUUUUGUUAAUUUGAAUUCUAGCUUGAACUUCUUAUGUAUAUAAAGUGUAAGUAUCUACUUAUACACGAUUAUUGGUUUCUAAAAUGGCUACUGGAUUUUAUGAUUAGCAUUCAUCCAUCUAUAUGUAAUUGGUUAGUUAAGCUUCACAAGGAAAGCCAUACAGAAUGAGAAGAGGAAUGAAUACCUUUUAGUACAAACAAUUGAAUGAACAAAAAAAUAAAAUAUAUUAUUCUUAAAUGGUCA